AUGCUUUCCUUUUCAUCCAUAUGCCAAGAAUUGGAGGCAGAUCUUGAGCAACAAAAAACUAAACUAGAUAUAUUUUCAAAGAAUAACUUCAUUUGGCUUGAUAAGAUUCGACAAAAAGUUGAUCCACAAUCUCAAAAGCCAGAACCAAAAGAAGAACCAAAAAUAAAGGGUGUAUUGAAGAGAAAAUCAUCAUUUAAUAACAAUGUUGUUAAAGAACAAGAAAAUAAUGAUAAUGAAAAAUUAUAUUCCAGUUCUAAAUUACAAACUGAAGAAUUUGUAAAAAUCGAAACCGGCGAUACAGUUGACAUUGAAGAAUCACAUCCAUCUAAACUAUCUUUAAUCUCUUUGAAUAAGAAUGAAAAUGAAUUAAUACAGAAAACUCCACCACCUCGUUCAAGUUUACGAACAAAUGUUCCUCCACGACCUCAUGAUUUCAAUUCAGAUUCUCCUAUUGGUUCUCCACUCAUUCAAGAAUCAAAUAGACACGUUUCUUUUGGAGUUGCAAGGGAUAAUAUGGAUCAAAUCCAGCAGCCAGCUGAUAGUCCCAUCAUUCUUAAAUCUGAUAUGCAUGUUGAUGUUUUAUCUUCAGAUAGCGAUGCCCAAGCUUCACCAUUAACUCUUGCACGUACAAACGAGAACACAACAUCAAAUGUUACUCCACAACGCUCUUCAUUAGUUCGUCAAGUUAUUCAUUCUUCCUAUGAUCAAAUGAUAUUAAAUGAUAAAUCACAUGAAAUAAUGGGUAAUCACUCGGAUAUUGAAUCUGUUUCAUCUGAUUUAUCUGCUGGAUCUUAUUUCCCAUCAGAUUCCGGUCCAAUGCCUUCUCCACUUAAAGAAGAACAAAAAACAGAACAAAAUCAGAAGAGGGUUUAUGCAGACUCUAAAGAUAUUAGACUUAGCCUUGAUCCAACGCAAAUUUUGCUCUCAACAGAAGAAUUUACAACAACGAAUGCUGGAACAUUCAGCGUUGCAAGUAGUGCAAUCGAGUUAACGGUUCAGGCAAAACUUAUGCGUGAAAAAUGGGCUAAAAUGGUUGCAGAAAAGAACCAAGUUCAAGCUGCACCUGUAGAACAAGAGAAAGAUGAUGAUGCAGAAAGUAAAGAUGAUCAUACUGUUUACCAGAUAUCUGAUCAUGAAUCAGAUGCAGAUGAUGACGAUGAUAAAGAACUUGAGAUGUUUGAUUCGGAUCCCGACGAAGUUCAUGGAAAGAAAGUGCCUAACUGGGCCCAUGGAGAGGGACUCAAGAAAUGCUUAAUUAAGCAGUCGAAAAUUGACCCCGAUACAAUUUUCCCUAACUUCAGUAAUACAUGCCAACUUGAGGUUGUUUUUGGAAAGGUCAAUACUAAGUGGCAGAUGCGCGCUGAUAGCGCAAAAUGGGACCAAGAUGGUCUUACAGCUGAAGAAAUUAAAAGUUUCAAGAAAAUUGCCGGCUAUGCAUAA